AACUGUUUACGCGAAAGCUUCUGUUCAUUCACAACAAUUUGAAAUUUUUGUUCGCGUGCAAUUUCAAGCAACCCGAUACGAUGCUGGGGAACCAUGUACGUGCAUUGUCGGGACGAGGAUGUCUUGUAUGGGUGAAUUUAGGGAGUGUGAGGAAUGCCAACACCUAUUUGCCUUAUUCAGAAUAUCAUCCAAAUAUUUAUCCUCAAGUGAUGGGAGAACUUUGUGAUCUGGAAUUUCCACCUGAUAGAAGGCGUUUAUCUGUUGUCAAUCGACAACCUCAGCUACUAAAUACUAAGCCAUCCAAAUAUACAAGACAAAAAAUUGACUGCCGUGGUCCGGAAACCUUACUUAACAAAUUAAACUAUCAUCAGUACGGAAUACAAGCAAUGGAGGGCGGUGAACUUGAGUUUGGUCAUUUCGAAAUGAUGAGAAUAUCUAUCAACAAACAUAUAGAUGAAAAGCGAAUGUUCGCAGUAUGGGGUGUCGAGGCCCCCUGGAAACCAGUUACUCGUCGCUCUCAGGGAAGGAGAAAGGGUGGUGGAAAAGCUAACAUACAUCACUAUUCUACUCCAGUAAAAGCUGAAAGGAUUAUUGUCGAACUUGGAGGUUAUCUGAACUGGAGAGAAGCCUAUCGUAUAUUGAGUCGUGCUGCUGAUAACUUGCCAUUCCAUGCUAGAUUUAUUUCCCAAGAGCUUUUAGAUACUGAGUCUCAAAUAGAGGCGUACAUUAGAGAAAAAAAUGUAAAUCCAUUUUAUGAACCAGGUUAUGCACUAGCGCACAACUAUGCAGGCUGUCGAAGUUUCAUCAGUCCGUAUUAUUUAGAUUGGGGUACAAUUCGAUAUCACUGAUUCACCCAUGUACAUAUAAUGUUUGUUGAAUAUAUUCAUAAAUAAUGAUGCCGCUUAAUUUAAACAACAUUGAAUUACAAAGUUUCUAGUUGUUAUUUAUCCAGUUUUGUAUAUGAACUAAUCUCUGUAACAAUAUUUAUUUCAUAGUAAAAUUAAUCUUAUCAAAAGCAAUUCACAGUAAUUCUGAAGUUGAUUUUAUUCUACUGUUUUAAAUUUCCAUUGUUGUACUUGAAAGUGUAGGUAAACAAUAUGUUUCAUACACAUAGUUCCCUUUAUUAUUUUAAAGAGAGCAAGAACAAAAAUUGGUGCAG